AUGGAGCACAUCUCCCUGACACCAGGACUUCAAAAUCCUUCGUCAGAGUUCACAACUCUGAUUGCAGCACCUUCCAUGGCGCAGAACCCCCAGCGCUCACAACUUGCCCAAGAAGAGGAUAUCUUUGGAUUCAAUCUCGAGUUGCCGCCAGAGGUAGCUUCAGCCGACAUUUCUAUUGCGCCUGACGGAGCAUUUGUGGAGACAUCUUCCGGCGCUGCUGCUCGAGAAUUGAAACGACGUUAUGAUCAAUAUAUUGGUGUUGGUAAGGAGCUUCGAUCUCCUUACGCCAUUACUGCCUUCGUAAAUCAACACGGGAAGCAAAUGUAUCGUGUGGGACUUCGGGAGCUCUCCGCACCAGCAGCCUCUGCUGAAGAUGCUGAACUACGCACUAAAUGGUCGAAUAUCACAGUUCCUAGUUCCCAGGUAUCUCAUCCGUACCCCCCUCAGACCAGACGUCGUUCCCGCAUGAGUGUGCACUCGUUUCUUCCUUCCUCAGUGUUCAAGAAUGGGACCAUGCUAUCGACAAAUGGAUCCCAUACUCCCGACGGUAGUCGCUCACCCCCCGUGAGGAAACUCAGAAAAACGCGAUCAAUUCCUAAUGUGCUUGGCGUCGGCGUUGAUGUCUCCAGCGGUUCUACUGCGCCUGGAACAAAUACUAGUCGACCCCAUGCUCACAGCGUCUCAAGUGCCGACAUUUUUCGACCUCCGUCCUCGGUAACUGAUGCUACAAACGUUCCGUAUGCUGACAUCUUCGCCGAUGUCAUGGCGUGGUCAGGGGCCCCGACUUCUCGUUUGUUGCAAGGCUCAACGACGUCUGUCCGAAGUUUGCGAUCUAUGGACAGCCGCUCAUCUACACACCCCAACGGACUACCGCCAGAAAUCAUUAUUCAGCCGUUUGGCCCUGGUGUAGCUUUUGAUUCUCCUUCAUGGAGGCCGGCUAUUUCGAAAUUGGCAUCGCCCCUCGGACUUCGAGAGAUGCAAUCCUUCGAAUCGGGAUUGACUGCUCGCGCAGAUACCCAGACACAACCGUCGCAGUAUGGCAGUUCUCGCCUCCAUCCUUCCGCGGACGAUGAGGCAUCUACGCCCCAUUAUUCCCCGUCGAAUGCGACUACUUCUCGCGACGACGUUCAAGAUAUAGGCCUUCCUCUAGAAGAAACAGCCAUGCAUUCUCCGUACUCCACAGAAGUUUUCGACGUAUUACAGACCUCACGUGGAUUGCCGGCUUUGGAUCGAAUAUCUGCUACUCACGAAGAAACAACCAUCAAGUUAUCCCUGAAGGCUGAUGAAAGCGCUGCCCCUCGUGACGACCCGCGAUUCGUCAUAUGGGGGGAGGUGGAGCCUGACCUCCUUGAUGAACCUGAAAAUCUCUCUCGCAGCAGCAUAACAGACCUUUCGUCAGGUAAUUCUGUCGUGUCUCAAAAGAGGAGUCUCAAGGAAAAAGGUCAAGCCAAGGAGAAGGGUCAUUGCGACAGUGUUCCUCCUCCAGAUUCUCCUUCAGACUGCCCGACGAAGAUGCUAGUUGCCGCCACGAUAGAGAGAUGGAUUGCGCAACUGACCAGCGAGUUGGAUUACGACGAGCUGUUAGUUUUCCUUCUCACAUAUCGAACAUACAUCUCGGCCAUGGAUCUCGGUCACCUUCUCAUCUGUCGCUUUCAUUGGGCACUGGGAGAGCCAACUUCCCUGCGCGAAGAGACGGCACGCCGCAUAGUUCGUGUCCGAACCUUCACAGCAGUGCGUCAUUGGGCCGUCUCGUUUUUUGACGCCGAUUUCGUGCCAAAUCGAGAGCUGCGAUUGCUAUUUGCAAAUUGGCUGAAUUCACUAGGAAGAGACCCAAUUUUACAGAGGCACACGGAUGCCAUGAAAAUCGUGCGCCAGUUGAAGAAGGUGUUCCUGGAAUGCAAGGAUCAGUACUUGCGGAGAAUCUUCAAGCACCCGGGGCAGAAGCUAGAACGUUCGGUCCCCCAAGUCCACGCCUUCGACAUGACCAGCGAUCAUUCUUCUAGGCCUCCCAAGCGAUCAGUAGAAGCUAGCCUAGACGACGCUGAUAUCAAUUUGGAUUUUGAUGUUCGUGUCUCGCGUGGAGAAUUAGACAUGGAUCGUCACAUAUCUCCUUCACGAUUGUCUACUGGUCCCCUGGAUCUUGCGACGCUUCGUCAACCACUGCACCUAGCAUUCUUACAGUACGGGAAGAAGGGCUCCACUGGCACAAGAUCAUCAGCUAUGGCUAGUCCCAUUCUGCUGCCGAUGCCUCAUAAUACGCUUUCUCGCGUCUUCGUGAACACGAUCGGACGACUUGGGCAAUGGAAACGAGUAUUGAAUUCACGCGCCACCGGGAGGACGGCUUUGAAUUGUCUUGAUGUAUCCGCAUUUGAUGUUGAAGCCAACGAAACUGGUGACUUGCUUCUAGUGCGGGGAGGAGUCGAACAGUAUUUGAAGAUGGUCGAAACUCAGAUGUCACAAGCUACGCUGAUGGAGGGACAUCCUUCCGCGGAUGUCUGUUCUCUGAAUGGCGGAAGUGAAGCCCCUCGCAAGAAUGAACCGCCUACCGAUCCGAUCACACCAAUCGUUUCUGAGCAAAAGCCUACCACUUCGGCAGAGGUGGACCCUGCAUCCGACACUCUCGAUGCAUCAUCUACACGCACUUCGACCUUUACCAUACUUUCAGGGGAAUCGAGCUCCGAUGCUGGGCCCGGCAUCCGCAAUGUGAAUAUGCUGUCCGACGAAAGGCUAGACAUCGUUUCAAUCGACGAACUCGAGUUCUCCGAUUUGUCAUCAAAUGAGAGCCUGGACCUUUCUGUUCCGCCUGGUCUGAAAAGACCCAACCGUCGCUUGCCUACGCGUCGCGAUUUUGAAUUUGUCCGUCAGUCUAUGGAUAGUGUUUCCUCUCUGGGAUUCCGCACCCACGAAUCUCUGAUGUCUGGAGGCUCAAAUUCCUCUGUUGGUGGAGAAUUAGGCGCCACAAUUCAACAGUGGCAGAUGAAUGCACUUGUAGAUUCGCUGAGCGACGAAGAGGAGGACGGCGAUGUUGACGCUGCCCUUCGUCGCUUGGAGGGUCAAAUCAAUGAAGAAAAGAGGCGUGCGAAAGAGUCCAAAGUGGAUAAAUGGGUGCAAUCCAUUCAAAAACGGCAGGCAGCUAGCAAUCCCAGCACGGAGCAUGGCCACGACUCGUCAAGUGAAGAUGAUUACGGUGAAAUCACAGGACGGCCUGGGAUCCCAGGAGAUCCAGAGGAACUUGAUAAAGAUGCGCUGUCUCAUGAUGCAUCGUCGAUAUCCGGCAAUUCAGUGGUGUCCAUGAUUCUCACUUCAAUUGACGUGCACGAUGCAGGUUUGACAGAUCAAAGUGAACCAGGUGCCCAAUCCGGCACUACUGCUCUCAACGAAGAGCAAGAGAAGGUAGUGGGACAUGCCACCCACAACGACAUAGUGGAAAGUGGUGUUGAGUCAUCGUUGCCAGGCGAUCAACCCCCUCCCAGCAACACUCCACAUCCACUUCCGGUAAUGCACGCACCGACAUCCAAUAGUUUUGUCCAUGCCAGCAGUAUGAAGCCACAUCAUUCCUUCAUCUUAGGCUGUCGGACAGAGACAUUGAUGCAACACUUCUGCAUGAUAGACCGGGAAAUUUUCCUCAGUAUUCGAUUUGAAGAAUUGAUGACACCUCUCGCGGUAGGCACAGCCCAGGAGACCAAUAUUCUUGACUGGGCACAGUUUCUUAGGGAGAGAGCGCGACUAAAGACUGAAGGGCACCAUAUGGGAUCUCUUGCAGUGGUGCGCGGACGCUUCAACCUAAUUGCCAACUUCAUAGUCUCCGAGAUUGUGCUCACACAUCCGAACGAGCGAAUACGUAUCUUCACCAAAUUCAUACGAUUAGCUUGGAAAGCCUAUGAGCUUAAAAACUUCAAUAUGCUCGUAGCUGUCAUCGCCGGCUUACGCAGCCCCUGGGCAACGAAGGCGAUGCAGCAGGCCCCCCACCGGAUGCGUCAUCAUGAUGAGCGUAUGCUAAAGGAUCUGACCGCAUGGACAUCAAGAGCGGGACAUUUCACUUAUAUUCGACGUACAAUCGAGGCUCUUACCGAAGCCAAGCCGAUCGAGGUAAACUCGCAAGACGUAUCCGUAACAAGCGUCGAUGGUCAGUCCACUCGCGGUAGAGCUGUGUCCGAGAGCAAGCCCCCGUCUGCUCCCGCAUGUAUACCCUUUUUCGGCGUCUACUUAUCGCAACUUCAGCCGUAUAUUCCUUUGCCUGACUUGGUCGACCCAACCGCGCCGCAUGAGCCCGUCGGGAUUAACCCCAUCACCAACGCUUUCGAGCCCCUCGCACAUCCAGAGGUGUUCUCUACGUUGACGCCCCUCCCCCGUUCCAUACAACUAGAGCCGCUGAUCAAUGUGCACAAGCAACGACUAGUUGCGAGUGUCGUGAGGUCAUUCGUGGCGUCACAACAUCUCGCAUCUCGAGUACAGUAUCCACUGGACAAGAAGCUGUUCCAACGCUGUCUCAAGCUGCGCGGGCUGGACACAGAGACGAUACAACGAGCCCUUGCCCUAUACUCUGAUUCAAGAUAA